AUGGAACUUUCAAAAGGAAAAGUUAUUAUUGAAAAAGAUAUAAAUGAACAUACCAUAGAUGAUGAAGUGUUUUUGUUUGAACCUAAUAUUGAUGAUGUGUAUGAUAAGAAUACAAAUUUACGUUUUAUAUUUCAUAAUACAUUUAUAACAUUAGAAGAAGAAAUAGCUAUAAGUGAAUUUAGAAAAUAUUGUAAGAGUAGAUGCUUAAAAAUUAAUAAAAUAUAUUUUGAAAAUGAAUGUUUACGUUAUUUAUAUUCAGCACAAUUUGAUUUUUCUAAAGCCAUGGAAUUAAUAAAAAGUAAUUAUGAAUUUAGGUUAUCAUCUAUUUUACCAAUAAAAGAAAAAGAUGUUAUAUUUUAUAUAAAUAAAGGAGUUAUGUAUUGGCAUGGGAGAGAUAAAAAGUGUAGGCCAAUAUUAAUUAUUAAUUUAUUAAAAGUUGAAUUAUUAAGUAUAGAUGAUUUAUCUAAUUUAUUUUUUUUCUGUUUUGAAUUUUUUCUAAAAUAUUUAUGUAUCCCAGGAAAAAUAGAAAACUAUAUAUCAAUAAUUGAUUGUUCUGGUAUAUCUAUAUCAAAAUUUCCUAUGACAACUUUUAUGAAAUUGUUAGAAAUUAUGAAUUCUAAAUAUAGAUGUAGAUUAUUUAGAAUGUAUAUUCUUGAGGCACCUAAAAUUUUAAAAACAUUUGGCAAAUCAUUUCUAAAUUUUGCACCUACCUAUAUGACAAAAAAAUUAAAAAUAUUAGAUAAUAAUUUUCCAGAUUAUUUAAGAGAAGAAAUAUUAUCAACACAAUUAGAAAAAAAAUAUGGAGGAAUUCAAGAAGAUAAAAUUAAUAAUUUUUAUCCAUUCCACUUUUAUCCAAAUUGUUAUAUAUCACAACAACAAAAAAGCAAAACUCAAGAUAAUAAAACAGUUAUUGAAAAAAAAAUAAAUAUUUUUAAUAAUGAUCAUAUUUAUAAUAUAUUUCUAUCUGGUUAUUCUAUGCAUGUAAUAUUAGUGCAGAAGGAUUCUAGGAUAAUUGAUAAUCAUAGGAAUACGGAUAUUUUAAUUAAUGAUUCAAAUUCUGCAAAUUUGGAAAGGACUGUAUGUAUAGAAGGAGAUACUAGUGACAACCAUAAGGAAGAUGUAAAUAUAACAAACAAUAAUAUAAAGAAGUGUAUGGUAAAAAGUAUGAGUAUUGAUAGUUUAAAAAAUAUUAGUAAUGAUAGUUUAAAAAAUAUUAGUAAUGAUAGUUUAAAAAAUAUUAGUAAUGAUAGCAUAAAAUAUGUUAGUAAUGAUAGCUUAAAAAAUAUUAGUAAUGAUAGCUUAAAAAAUAUUAGUAAUGAUAGCAUAAAACACAACAACAGUGAUCAUCAUAAUAACUAUUAUCACAAAAGGAAAAAGAAGAAGAAAAAAAAACAUAUCGUUUUAAAUGAAGAAGAAUUAUUAUUACAACAACAAUUUGUGAAUUAUAUGAAAAAUGAAGAAUAUGAUAUUGAAAAUUUGAAUAUUUUAAAAAAUAAUAAAUUUAUAAAUUUUAAAAAUAAAUAUGUUGUACAUAUAGAUAGUAUACAUAAAUGGAUUUUUAAAAUAAAAAAUUUAUUUCUAUCUAAUAUAACAAUUAAUUAUAUUACGAAACGUUUCCCAUUUUUAAAAGAUGUGAUACUUGUUAAAUCAAAUUUUAGAUCUAUAAAUGAGUAUAUAAAAUAUUUGAAAGAAAAUGUACCACCUGAAAUUAUUACUCCUCAUCAGACUGUUUGUACAAAUAAUGAAUGUGAUGAAGAGGAUAAUGAAAAAGGAAAAAGUAAUAUAAUAAUAAAAAAUAAUAUGUGUGAAAAGGAAGUAGAAAUCAAAAAUGAAAGGAUACAUAAUGAUCCUUCUACAGAUAAAACAAUAAAUAAAUUCGAAAAUACUCAACGUUUAAGUAGUAUCAAAUAUGUAGAUGAUAAUAGUAAUAUAAAAAUGACGAAUGAUAAAGAUGAUCCAAAUAUUAUGUUAGAAACAGAAAAAGGUUUAAAAAUAAAAAAAAAUAAAAAUAAGAACAAAUACAAAACAUCACAUGUUAAUACUUCAAAAGAAUAUAAUUAUCCAGAGAUUAAUAUAUAUAAUAACUGUGAAUCUAUUUUUGAUGAAUUUAUAAAAUCUUCAUCGACGGAGAAGAAUAAAAAGAAAGGUUUUAAAGAGAAUAAUAAUAAUAAUAAUAUUGAUAAUAAUAAUAAUAAUAAUAUGAUAAUGAUGAAUAAAAAGAAGGGUGAAUAUGAGAAUCCUUGUUGUGAUAAAAAAAGUUCUAAAAAAAAAGGUAUACAAGAUGUUAAACAAAUAUAUAAAGAGGGAGAAAUGAAUGAAGAAAAAGGCAAAUUAAAACAAGACAGUGAAACAAAAGGACGUUUAAAACAACCAUUUAAAAUCAAGGUAACAGAUAGGUUAUUUAAAGAAAGAGAAGAUAUGGAAAAAAAUGAGAAAAGGGAAUAUAUAGAAAAAAAAAUUCUAGGUAAAGUGACUAUGAAUUUCUCUCCAUGUGAUAAGGAGACACAAAGAAAAAAUAAUAAGAAAAAAAAAAAAAAAAAGGAAAAGGAUGAUGUAAAAUUUAUACCUGUAUGUAAAGAUGAAUUGAGAAAUAUAUUAUCAAAAGAAUAUGUGGAAAAUAGUAAUAUUAAUUGUGAUAAUAUGACAUGUGAAAGUAAUACAUUUUGUGAUAAUUCAAAAAGUGAAAAUUAUAUACCUAUAGAUAAUAAGUCUAAUAAUAAUAAAAAAAGUUCUAUUAGUAUAAAAUCUAUAUUUCCGAAGAGACUUGAUCAUGCCCUUUCAAAAUAUAAAAAAUAUUCUACAACAUCUAUAAGUACUAGAUUAUCUAGAAGUUCAUAUAAUAAAUUUGUUUCUGAAGAUAAAAAUGAAGAAAACAAUUUUGAUAAUAUUGCCAUUAAUGAUACAUAUCAAAAUAAGGUCAGUUUCUUUAGUCAAGUUUCUUUAUCAACAGGUAAUAUAACUAAUACUGUUGAUUUUGAAACAAAUAAGAAUGAAAAAAAAAACGAUAUGAAUUUCAAGUCAAUAAAUGUCGAUAAUUCAAAUAAAACUGUACAUUCAGAUGUGCCUGAGAAGAAAAGUAGAAAAAGGUUGAGUAAAAUUAAAAUUAUCGGCCUUCAAUUUUUUAAUAAACAAUCGUCAAGAAGAUAA